AUGGUGGUAUGGGAGGAGACUGGAGGAAGCUCGGGGCGCGUGAUGACGAUGACUGGCUUGGAUGCGUGGCCAACGAGGUCUUUGCUUCAACAAGAUUUGUUUCGUUUUAGCCAGGGCACGCGUGGGGAACAACAAGUGUCCAACAGCCUGACUAGGCAAUCGAUGUUUAGUGUUCGCCCAAGAUAUUGGGAGGCGUGCGUGAACGUCCCAAGAUACUCAAUCACCAAGCUUCGCAUGAUGUACAGACCAUGCUUCCGGAACGUUCCUCAAUUUAUCAGCGGCAAAGGUGCGGUAAUCUCGGCAGUACGGAAAUUACGUAUGGGGUUGCCCGACUCGAGUUAUGAGGCGGGGUGGAAGCCAUUCGGCCAUGUUGGUGAUAAGUCUCAUUGCCCAAGUGCAUUGCUGUUAUCCCUCCUGUAUCUACUCAAGCAAGUUAUUAGUCCUCGCAACCCAAUGUUGAGUCUUCCCUCUAGCUUCGUUGUCCCUAAGCAGGCGCUUCUGCUUGGCUACCUAGAUUUGGCGAUGCAAGCCACCAUGCAGAAUAAGGCACACCUGUAG